CCGCCGGCGAUUCCGUGUUUUCGGCGUCACACAGGUUAAAAGGUCGCGAGCGCCUGUCUCCUUUGUUCCGGCGUCUCCGUUCUUGGGAUGUUUACGUCGCCGGCCUUCGGUUCUUUCACCCCAGGUCUCGCGAGUGUCCUGAAUGGGCGCUGAAAGGGAAAAAUCUGCACGUUCGGACGCGCCAGCUUGGCCUCCUGCGCAUGUGCGGUGACCCCAAGUCGCAUCCCGCCCGUGCCGUGCUCUCUCGGAGCCUUGUCCCCGCGUGGCUUCUGGAGAAUGUCUGCCCCGUUUGAGGAGCGUAGUGGGGUGGUCCCGUGCGGGACGCCGUGGGGCCAGUGGUACCAGACCCUGGAGGAGGUGUUCAUUGAAGUCCAGGUGCCCCCGGGCACUCGCGCGCAGGACAUCCAGUGCGGCCUGCAGAGCAGGCAUGUGGCUCUGGCCGUGGGUGGCCGUGAGAUCCUCAAGGGAAAAUUAUUUGAUUCUACAAUUGCUGAUGAAGGAACAUGGACUUUGGAGGAUAGAAAAAUGGUCCGCAUUGUCCUGACAAAGACCAAGAGAGAUGCUGCAAACUGUUGGACUUCUCUUCUAGAAUCUGAAUAUGCAGCUGAUCCCUGGGUACAAGACCAAAUGCAGAGAAAACUUACAUUAGAGCGGUUCCAGAAAGAAAACCCUGGUUUUGACUUCAGUGGUGCAGAAAUCUCAGGGAACUACACAAAGGGCGGACCAGAUUUCUCAAGCCUUGAGAAAUGACUGCUUCUUUAUUUGUUCCAUCUUGUGGAUCCCAGCAGGUGCUGGCAGCUUAAUGCAGCAGAUGAUACGAAGGAUGAAAGACACGGAUGUGUACAGUUAACAUAUUGCAAAAUGUAUUUCAGCAUGGUUCUAAAAGACUACAUUCGGAUAUGAUUUAUACAGGAGGUGUAGCAACUGUCCUGUGGCUAGAUGAUAACUUAUUGCUCUGCAUUAAGUUUUAUAUGCUACAUUUUACUAAUUUCAUAUUUAAAUGUAUUUUUACUACAAAAGCAUUGGAGUACAAAUCAUAUGAAAUGAAAAAGUGCCUUCAGGGAAUUUUUUUUCUUUUUUAGUCUGAUGCAGGAAUAAUGUUCAGUAAACUUCUGAGUAAGAAUUAUGCACUUCUCGCCGGGCAGUUGUGGUAUACGCCUUUAAUCCCAGCGCUCUGGAGGCAGAGGCAGGAGGAUCUCUAGGAGUUUGAGACCAGCCUGGUCUACAGAGUGAGUUCCAGGACAGGCCUCAAAGCUACAGAGAACCCUGUCUUAAAAAACAAACAAAAAAAAACACAAACAAAAAAAAAUUAUGUUGCAGCCCAUUGUCUAAAUAUGCCAGUCCUUAAAAGGGAAGUACAGUGCUGGAAACACUUUAAUAAAGGAAAAAAGUAUACAGAAGAGUUUUAGGUAAUUUGAGUUAGUGAAAAACUCUUAACUCGUGUGUUGCUGCCUAAGUGAUUAUGUGAAGAAAUUGAAAACCGGUAAAAGCCUAACAAAGGAAGAAUGAGUAACCUAUUAGUGUCAGAAAGCAAAUGUAGGCCCCUGAGUGUAAGCUAGUGGCUUCACAUAAGUUUAAUAAUUCAGACAGAGAGAGGAUUGUCUAGAAUAAAUUGCUUUCAUCCUUUUUGUGUGUGUGUGUCUUUUAAUUAUUUUUCUUUUGUGGGGGGCAUUCAAGAAAGGGUUGGGUUUCUCUGUGUAGCCCUGACUGUCCUAGAACUCUGUAGACCAGGCUGGCCUUGAACUCGAGAUCCACCUGCCUCUGCCUCCCGAGUGCUGGGACACUGCCCAGUUGUAUUUUAAUUCUUUAAGAGAUAAUCUGAAAUGUGUAGAAAGCUUAUAAGUGAAGUAUUAACACUUUAAAAAAUCUUAAUACUAUUUUGUAAUAAAUUGACAUGAUGCUGU